GAACCCUGAAUGUAUCACGGGGUUUGACAGCUACACAGCCAAACAUGGCGGCUGCUAGCUAAGGCAGCCACUCAGCACCUGCGUCCUUUAUUGUACUUGUCAGCAGUCAGGAAAUAACCAGGGCCAGGAAGGAUUCACCGAAACAGACGGUGAACGUCGCUCAUUUUUCUCCGUUCCUGGUUUCAUCAAGCUCCGGUAUGUGAAUGUGGUUCGUGAGCAACUGACGACGGCAGCCAGGAGUGAGCGGACACAUUCACACUAGGCUGAGGGCGGAAUGUUUCGGUUUGGUUUCUUCACCCGUCUGUCGAUAUGUCUGACAGGUAAUCUCAGGUCUCUCUGUGAACCAGCCCCUCACUCCUUUCUUAUCCCCACCCUCUGCUGACAAUGUCAUCACCACCAGCAAAGCCUACCACCACCUUCCCCUCCGCUGGGUCCCAGCUGCGGCUCUCGAUGGCCCUCGACUCCCUGUCUGUUUCUUCCCUCCUGUCUGGGGAUUUAGAAGAUGAAGGAGAUGGAGAAAGAGGAGAAAGGGAGGAUGAAGUGCUUGGAGACCUAGAAGUAAACCCAUAUGAUGGUUUGCCCUUUUCUUCACGAUACUAUGCCCUGCUGGAAGAGAGGCGGCAGUUUCCCGUAUGGAGGCUCAGGCAGAGUAUGCUGGAGCACCUGGAGAGCCACAACAUGGUGCUGCUCAGUGCACCCAGUGGAACUGGAAAAAGCACCCAGGUGCCACAGUGGUGUGUAGAGUAUGCUUUGUCCUAUGAGUUUUCCCAGGGACUGGUUUGUUGUUCCCAGCCCUACUCGGUGGCAGCAGUGAGUCUGGCCCUUCGCGUGGCUGAUGAGAUGGACCUCAGCCUGGGUCUGGAGGUGGGCUACAGAGUGUCUCAUGAUGACAGCUGUACAUCCGACACCCUGCUCAGGUUUGUCAGUGACACUCUCCUGCUAGAGGAAAUGAUGUCAGACCCUCUGCUGCAUCAGUACAGUGUCGUGGUGUUAGAUGAGCUCCAGGAGCGCACCAUGCCCACCGACGUGCUGCUGGGCCUGCUGUGUGACGUCUGCCGCCAGAGGCCAGACAACUUUCGGGUUGUUCUCCUCACUCACCCAACGCUGGCACCUCGCCUCUCCACCUUCCUGGGACCUUCUGUCCCGCACCUGUCCCUGGACAGCCUGCUCACUGACCCGGCUACCAGAGACCAGGAGGAGGGGGGUGGGGUAGAGGAAAACAGAAAGACUGUGGAAAUGAACAAGGUAGAGACGUUGUACAGGGAGCUUUCAUCCUGGAAGGAACCUGUGGCUGCUGCUUGCCACAUGGUGUUGGAUCUUCACAGAAGAGGAGAGGAAGGAGAUGUGAUGGUGUUUUUGGCAAGUGCACAGGAAAUAGAAGAGUGUGUGGCCCUACUGGAGAAGGAGUGCCUAGCUCUCAGUCCUCAGCUUGGUCCUCUCAGUAUCUUCCCCCUCCAUGCUGGACUGGGUGGACUGACCCAGCGUGUCUACGAAACGGACCCUGACUCUUCUGAAAUGAGGGAGAACAACAGCUCCGUGGGUGCUGACAGCAGCUCGGUGAUGGGAACCAGGUUUCCGGGGGUCAAGAGGAAGGUUAUCCUCAGCGAUACGCUCUCAGAGGCUUCCUUCUCCUUGCCAGCCAUUCGCUAUGUCGUAGACACAGGCCUUCAACUCAAAACUGUUUACAAUCCACAAAUAAGAGCAAACUCGCAGGUCCUGAGGAUGAUCAGCAAACACCAGGCUGACAUGCGAGCUCAGAGGGUCAACAGCCACCUUCCAGGGCUGUGUCUUCGUCUGUACCCCCAGUCUCUUUAUGAUGAUGGGAUGGGGGAGGCUCAUUGUCCAGGGGUGAUGGAGGAAAACCUCAGCCACUUGGUGCUCUUGCUCAAGAGGCUUGAUAUUGCUGACAUGGGACAGUGCAAGUUCCUGGACAGACCAGCCCCUGAGGCUCUAAUGCAGGCCUUGGAGGACCUGGACUACCUGGCAGCAUUGGAUGAUGAUGGCAACCUGUCAGAGGUGGGCAUCAUAAUGUCGGAGCUGCCACUGGAGCCAUCGCUGGCUAAAGCCCUGAUUGCUGCCUGCGAAUACGACUGCGUUGAUGAGCUGCUCACUAUAGCUGCCAUGCUCACAGCGCCUUCGUGCUUCAUGAUGGCAGAACCCUGCAGAGAAGAAGCUGCCGUCACACACUGGCGACCUCUAAUACACACAGAGGGAGACCACAUGACUCUCAUUAAUAUCUAUAAUGCCUUCAUAGAGCAUAAUCAGGAUGAGGCAUGGUGCACGACAAACUUCCUCAAUCCUGCCUCCUUACGACUGGCUGUGGUGAUCAGGGCGGAGCUGCUGGAGGUGAUGCAGCGAAUAGAGCUUCCUGUUUCUCCUCCUGCUUUUGGAUGCCAGGACAACUGCACGAAUAUCAAGCGUGCUCUCAUCUCAGGCUUCUUCCUCAAAGUGGCUCAUGAUGUGGAUGGCUCAGGUAACUACCUCCUGCUAACUCACCGCCAUGUGGCUCACCUACAUCCCUUCUCUUCCUACCUGUGUCGCCAGCCGUGCCCCAACCCCCCCAGCUGGGUCCUCUACCAUGAAUUCACCAUCUCCCGCGAUAACUGUAUUCGCAUCGCUUCCGAAGUCCACCCCCAGAUGCUUGUGGAGCUGGCCCCUCAGUAUUACCUGGGAAACCUGCCGUCAAGUGAUGGUAAAGAGCUGCUGAUGGAGCUGAGGCAGAGUCUGCAGCCCCAUGGGUACGAACAUGACGGAGGGUCAGACAAGCACAGCAUGACUAACAGGACGGCAGAGACUCACAAUCAGUCCAGCACGGAGCUCUGUGUUGUCCAAUGAGAUGGAGCUGCUCAGGAGAAGACACUCAUCACACAGCUGUCACUUUAUUGUUUGAUCUGAGAUUUGCUAUUUUGUAUGAAUUAGUCUAUGAAAUCUCAUUUGAGGUUUAAUCAUUUUGGACUUUUACUGAAAACACUAAUGUACAAUAAUGUAUUGUUAAGCUAUCUUCUAUACAGUGGCUUUAGAAAAUAUUCAAACCUUUUCAUUUCCUUUGUGUUUUAUAGUGCUAUGUUUUGACUUUAAAUUUUAAAAUUUUAUUUCAAAUCUCUUUUUUAUUUAAUGAGGCAUUUCUAUGUUUCUAAAUUAUUCUACAAAAAUAGUCUCAAAACGUGUUAUCACUGUAACUGUGGAGUUUUAUGUGGACACUGAUGGGACAAAAAUAUAUUUUUUAAUUGAAAACAACAAAAACGGGAAAAAAGUGAGGUGGAUGGAAAACGUUAUCAAACCACCGAUGGUUCAUUUUUGUUAAAACCCUUGAAAUUCCUAUUAAAUCAAUAUAUGCUACUUCAGUGAGCUGAGAAACUGUUAUAGUGUGAAUUUUGACCUUUAUAAAGAUGCUGUUCAUAGCAGUGGACUGAUGAACAGAUGGCUUCUCAGGGCUCAGUGUAAUCUGUGAUGAAACUGUAGCAGUGAUGCACACAGCUUCUAUUUUCAGCUUUUUGAAACACUUUGUAUAAUGUUUGGGUUUCCUGCUUAAAUCUUCAUUCUGCCUUUUUUUCACUCUGACUUUGUGUCAGUAAUAAAAAAUAUCUGUGUAAAAUGGAUUUUUAUGUCCUAUUUAAUAUGAUAUAAAUGUUAUUGAGAAUAAGCUUUAAAUAAAAGUGUGGUUUUUCAUGUUUGAAA